AUGGGUGUCACAACUUUGUACGAUGAAUACACAUCUCCAGUCGCAACUUCAAGGCUCUUCAAAGCCUCAGUGGUUGAUUCUCACAAUUUGAUCCCAAAACUCAUCCCACAAGGCAUCAAGAGCAUUGACAUCACUCAGGGCAAUGGUGGAACUGGAAGCAUCAAACAAAUUAACUUUGUUGGUGGUCGAGAUUUUAGUUUCCUGAAGUACCAUGUUGAUGAAUUGAACGAAGAGACGUUCACAUACAACUAUUCAUUGGUGGAAGGAGGCGCAUUGAACGAAAACUUAGAAAAAAUUACUUACGAGGUCAAGUUUGAGUCAACCUCAGAUGGUGGUACUGUAUCUAAGGUUACUAGCAAAUACUACACAAAAGGGGACUUUGCUCUGAAAGAAGAUGACAUUAAGGCAGGCAAAGGAAAAGUGCUUGAAAUUUACAAGGUUGUGGAGAACUAUCUCAUCCAGAACCCUGAUGCUUAUGCUUAA